AGCCCCCAGCAGAAGAAGGGGAAUGAUGUCAUUGUUGAAAAGCGGAGGAAACUCCACUGCAAUCAUUGUGCAACGCUGGAACCAGCCCCUGCGCUGUGAUUGAGAUGUUGGAGGAAAAGACAAGUUAAUAAUUUGUAGCUGCAAAUGCAGAUUAGCCAUAAAGGUCGAAUGAGCACGAAAUAAUCAUUAAUCGGGGGAUUUCCCCAGUUUUGUGAGCAUGAGUAUGGAAGAUUAUGACCACCUUUUCAAAAUCGUGUUGAUAGGAAAUGCAGGAGUGGGGAAGACCUGCCUCGUUCGCCGCUUCACUCAGGGUCUUUUCCCACCUGGUCAAGGUGCGACCAUAGGAGUGGAUUUCAUGAUCAAAACGGUUGAAAUCAAUGGGGAAAAAGUCAAGCUGCAGAUCUGGGACACGGCGGGACAGGAGCGUUUCCGCUCCAUCACGCAGAGUUACUACCGCAGCGCCAACGCCCUCAUCCUCACCUACGACAUCACCUGCGAGGACUCCUUCCGGUGCCUUCCGGAGUGGCUGAGGGAGAUCGAGCAGUACGCCAACAGCAAGGUGGUGACCGUCUUAGUGGGGAAUAAAAUCGACCUGACGGAGAAGAGGGAGGUGCUCAGGGAGCGGGCGGAGGAGUUUGCGGAGGCGCAGAGCAUGCUGUACCUGGAGACCUCCGCCAAGGAGUCGGACAACGUGGAGAAGCUGUUCCUGGACCUGGCCUGCAAGCUGAUCCGCGAGGCCAAGCAGAACUCGCUGGUCAACAGCGUGUCGUCGCCCAUGCCCGGGGAGGGCAAGACCAUCAGCUACUUGAACUGCUGCAGUUAGUCGGGGCCCGGGGGCCCGGCCGACUCCGCGCGCGGGGCGGCGGGAGGCGCGGGAGUCGCCGUCGCUCUGCAACCCGCCGAGGGGAGGAGGAGGAGGAGGAGGAGGAGGAGGAGAUUCCGCGCGUCUCCUGCGCCUCCUGGUCCGAUUCGCCCGCCCGUUAUCGCGCUGCGAGCGGACAGAGCCUUCAGACGUUCGUGUGCCCCGUCGUCCCCGGAGAAGAAUGUUAGCUCACGGGACCGCUGCCGGGGACGGGGCCCUCAGAAGUAAAGGGAAACCAGCCAGCCUUGUUUUAAUCUCCACAAACACUAAGCCAGCAGUGGUGUUGUAAUAUUAGUUUUAUAUUUUAUUAACCACUACCAAUAUUAUUAUUGUUGUUAUUAUUAUUUUUUUCAGAGGAACCACACACAUAUUUAUUUAUGUGUGGACAAAAAAAUUAAUAAAAUAAAUAACAGUCUGACAAAGUAUGGGAGAUUAUCGUGGUCCAUAGCAGUGGAAUAACUUUUCCAACCCAUAGAAUACUGCACUUGUGGGGACAUUUAUAGCUUAAGUUUAGAAUGGCUUAUUCCCUCUAUAACGGGACUCAAUAUUUUAAACCAAGUAUUUUACAAAAAUAGUUUCUUUAAGUGUUGUACAAGUGAUAGUUUUUUUUUGUUGUUGAAGAAUUUGUUUUUUCCCCUAAUUUUAACACUAAGGCUUCCUUCCCAUAUAAAGAUGUAUUAGAAUAAUACCACCUUUACGCUUGUUUUAUUCUGCGAUUUGUAUUGGAUGUGCUGUAACGUUAACAUCAGUGGUGGCAAAGUCAGAACAAUGAAAGGAAACGGCAUGCUAAAUGUGUGCUUUUCAGCGUCCUCAUUCAAAUGACUUCAAACACGAUGCUUUGUGCAGGAGCUUUGGCUUGUAGGCCAGCCAGUUGUAUUUCCCCUCACAUAGAGUAACUGCAGGAACUCUGGAGUCCUGUAAAAGCAUAAAAGCAUCCCUGUCUUUUUAAAGACUUUGUACACACAAAAAAAAUAAUAAUAAUCAUGAUGAACAAGCGCUAUAGCGUUAUAUUGAAAGAAGUUGGGAUUGAAAACGAUUUCCAUCCUUUCUCGUUUGUGAAAUGUUUUAGUUGGUGUAUUCCAUGGGUUUUGACUCUUAGAGGCAUAUUCGUAACCUCCGCAGCUUUCCUGAAAGAGUUGUUUUGAUUGUGUGAUUGACUUUGCAUCCGUUCCUAGAGAAGCGUGAGUUCUGUCUCGAUGUGAUGGUGUGCUCGACGAUUUUCCCCUUUGCUGCGCAGUUGUUUUCAUGCUGAAGUCUCAACCCAGUCCGCUGUAAAAUUAAUCUUUCCUAGAGAGAUCGCUCCCCCCCCCCCUUCCAGCUGUAAUGAUAGCCCCUCUGAGUGCAUCCCUAUGGGUCACUGGGUGAAAAUUAUUACCCAAACCAUUGACCCAACUACGUAAAAGCUGACAGAAAUACACUGCUGCCUCCGGUAUAGAAUCGUUUUUCUUUGUAAGCAAAAGCAAAAAAAAAAAAAAGAAGCCACUUAGGUUUUGAAGAUAUUAGCUUGCCCUCUUCUGAUUUCAUUCAUAUGUUACCGUUUUGUUUUCUCAGUUGAAGACUGAAACCCUCGUAAUAUUCAAUUGGCCAGAGUGUGUUUUACGUUUUAAGCACGUUCUAGCUCAGAAGGAACAAGCUGUCCUUUCCCAGUUUUGUUUACACAAUGUUCUUCAGCUGCUUUUGUGCACCGCAUGGACCGUGCCAGAUAUUUUGAAUGUCCAGCUUUAUUUUAAUCGUCUUUUUGCGAAUAGUGGUGUCAUAGAUAUUAUUUUAUACUAAACUGCUUUGUCAUUGUUUGCCAUCUAAAAAAAGACCUCAUGUUGUUUAUGUUAAAAGUAAAUUUUUGUUGUACCAAAAUUAAAUGACCACUUGUUCAGACCUGUUCAGUAUUUGGGUAAAACCUAUAGUCUUGCAGCUCAUGGAAAUAACUGCUUUACUUUGUGUUACAUCAACCUAUUAUUUUUAACUGUAUUUACAAAAUAAGGAAAUGUGAAUACCGUAGGUCUUGUUUUAUUUUUGUUCAGUAUUUUUCUACUCUAUCUAAAGCAGAUGCGCAAAAAUAAAACCAUUCAGAAUGUACUGGUGUUUGGGGAGGAAAUGUGAAAUAAUUUUUUGUGUGUACAUCUUUUGUUUGUAAUUAUUUUACUUAAUGCAAAACUGCUUGAAUGUGUACAAAUAAAUGUCAUGAUAGCUCAAAUAUACAUUAA